AUGGAUGAACAGCAGUUAGGUUCCGAACUUCGGAGCUUGGUCGCCAAGACGGUUCAAUACAAGGCCGCACUAAAAUCAGUAAAGGUCGAUAAACCUGAGAGUGGUGGCACAGUGGCAGUAAGAGAAUCACAACCAAUCGUAGUGCACUUCAACUACAACAUUGCCAACAGUCCGAUAGUAGGUGGAAAUCUCCAGGACAGCUAUAUCAACUAUUCGUACGAUAACAACGGAGCAAAAGGCGUUGCUAUCCCCCCAGACCCACAACAACACAAAGUAUUGACAGGCACGGGCCUAGAACAGCUAAAAGAACAGGAGGACAAAGAACCCAAAGCAGAUGGCCAAGACACAGGACAGAUCUCAAAAAAGCAAGACCUGGAACUCAAGGAAGACGGUCGAGAAAUAAAAGAUACUACGGUGAAGGAACUUGCGGAGAACGUUUGCAAAGAAGAGCAUACUGUCCAGGAAUGCAUUGCUGCUCCUUACAAACAGGAGAAAGGAGACUGGUCUUUUAUUGGGAUGCGAGUUGUACGUGGUCCGGACUGGCAGCAGGGUGACCAGGAUGGAGGAUGUGGGUGCGUUGGAACGGUGGUGACGGUAAAAGACGCAGAGAGCAAAUCUAGAAUAUGGGUACGAUGGGACUCUGGUAUUUUGGCCGAGUAUCACGGCGGAAGAGAGGGCCACAAAUUUGAUUUGCGGAUAUUCGACAACGCCCAAAGAGGAGUUAAACAUCCACGUGUUGCAUGUGAUGGCUGUCUGGAGAAUGGUGUUGUUGGAAUCCGAUGGAAGUGUCUGCAAUGUGAUGACUACGAUCUCUGCCACAGCUGUUACAACGAGUGCAAACACGAUCUUGAUCAUCCAUUUAUGAGGAUAGAUGAACCUGGUGUGCCUGGUGUUAAGGUACCUUGUCGCUUGGGCGCCACAAGAUUAAAAGCCUUCGGAAUUUUUCCAGGAGCAAAGGUUGUUCGAGGGCCCGAUUGGAAAUGGAAAGACCAGGACGAACAAAGCGUUGGAACUGUUACUGAAGUAGAAAAUGUUAAAGGAAAAGAUGGCGAUAGCCCCGGAAGUUCCUAUCGAUCUUUGGUGAGGGUGCGUUGGCCUGCAGGAAACUCCUACAAUUAUCGAUGCAGUUUUCAGGGUAAAAUGGAUUUGCAGUACUUCAAGAAAGCGAGCAACGGGGAAUUCUUCAUCGAUCACCUCCCAGUGCUCGAUGCAACAAAAUGCCGUCCUUGGUUUGCAAUCGGAGACAAAGUUCGUUUGAUGGACAUCGACUUAGACAAGCUCAAGGACCUUCAGCAGAAACGGUGUGGCUGGAUAGAAGAGAUGAAAAAUUUUCGGGGGAGAAUUGGCAAAGUCAAGAUGGUCGACAGUGAGGGGGAUGUUCGCGUCAAAUUCGGCAGAUCCCUCUAUGCCUACAAUUUCCGCUGUCUGCAGAAAAAGACAGCUGCAGAUUACGUCACCAGAGGUCCAUACACGGCAUAUGUUAAUCUUCUGAUCAAAUCAGCGGUAACUGGGGACACCAGUAAAGUGAAGGAGAUAAUUACAGACCAUCCUGAUGCGGCUAAACAUCCGAAUGAGCAGGGCAUAACUGCGCUCCAAGUGGCUGCACAUCUCGGCCAUUUUGAUGUUGUGAGUGCUUUGGUAGAAGGCAACGCUCCUCUCGAACUAAAGGAUGGAGAUGGAGAUACCGCUCUCGCUUUUGCUGUGAUGGGAAACAAACCAGAUGUUGUCCAGUACUUACUGCUCGUCGGAAGCAACCCAAAUACAUACGACGAACAUGGAGUAACUCCACUCCACUUAGCCGCUGGUCACGCUAACGAUGCAUGCGCACAGGCACUCAUAAGUUCCCAAGAACAACAGUUUGAUGUGAAUAGCCAGGACAUCGAUGGAGACACACCAUUGUUCAUCGCAAUUGGACUUCCGAGGGACAACAAUACUAUGAUAGAUUUGUUGAUAGAACAUACGACAGAUGACGGUCUGAGAUUGACGAACAACGAUGACUUCAACUCCUUACAUUUUGCAGCCUUCCAUGGGAAGAAACAUGCCGUCGAAAAAAUUCUGCAACGUUCACCAUCAAUGAUCAACUUAGUGAAAAAUGACUGUUUUACGGCGCUGCACAUCGCUGCUAUCAACGGCUAUACAGAGAUUGUAAAGACACUUCUCAAACAGGAAAAUUGCGACAUCAGUGCUCGGACAGCGAAGGGGCAGACAGCGCGAGAUCUCGCUUUUGAAGAGAGCAAACAAGAGUGUAUAGACUUACUGGAUGCUGUGUCAGGUGGCAAGAAAAGAGAAGAUAUAAUGGCAAAAUAGCGUAUACAGGGUGGAUCAAAAAAAAAAAAA